AUGGCAUCUUCUUCUAGUAAUAAUUUCGAUGAUUUCGACAAAAUGCUUGAUGAGAGAUUUGAUCAAGUGUAUGAUCAAGCGUUCGAUCAUAUUGUUUCUGCUCAUGCUGCUCGCCAACAAGCAAGAAAGCCAAGGAAAAAAAGAGUCUAUAUUGAAAGAGAUCGUGAAGAUGGACACGAUCGCUUGUGGAACGAUUAUUUUAGUGAAGAUGCAACAUACCCUCCUCCUCUUUUUCGUCGUCGCUAUAGAAUGAACAAGGCGCUGUUCAUGCGUAUUACUGAUCGACUCUCUAAUGAAAUUCUAUUCUUUCAACAAAGAAGAGAUGCUACCGGAAGGUUCGGUCUCUCUGCAAUACAGAAAUGUACAGCAGCAAUUCGUAUGAUGGCAUAUGGUUGUGCAGCUGAUGCGCUUGAUGAAUACCUCCGACUUUCUGAAACCACUGCGAUGCAAUGCUUGGUCAAUUUUGUUGAAGGAGUCAUAAAUUUAUUUGGGGAUGAGUAUCUAAGGAGACCCACACCAGAGGAUCUUCAACGUUUACUCGAUAUUGGAGAGCUACGAGGAUUUCCGGGGAUGAUAGGAAGCAUCGAUUGUAUGCAUUGGGAAUGGAAGAAUUGCCCAACCGCAUGGAAAGGUCAAUACACACGUGGAUCCGGAAAUCCAACCAUCGUUUUAGAGGCUGUAGCGUCACACGAUCUGUGGAUAUGGCACGCGUUUUUUGGACCUCCAGGUACAUUAAACGAUAUCAAUGUUCUUGAUCGCUCUCCAGUUUUUGAUGAUAUAUUACAAGGUUAUGCUCCAAAAGUGAAUUACAUUGUCAACGGCUGCGAGUAUCAUUUGGCUUACUAUCUCACUGAUGGUAUUUAUCCAAAAUGGGCUACUUUUAUUCAAUCUAUUAAACUCCCACAAGAUCCAAAGGCAUCUUUCUUUGCUACUUGUCAAGAAGCUGUCCGUAAAGAUGUCGAGCGUGCUUUUGGAGUCUUGCAAGCUCGCUUCGCCAUAGUCAAAAAUCCGGCUCUUGUCCAUAAUAAGGAAACAAUUGGAAAGAUUAUGAGAGCGUGUAUCAUACUUCACAAUAUGAUAGUAGAGGACGAACGAGAUGGGUACAACCAGUUAAAUCCAGCAGAAUUCGAACAAGUAGAAGCAAACAGAACUUCACAUGUGGACUUAGAUAUACAUUCAAAUGUCAGCAAUAUGAUGACCAUGCUGAGCAAGCGGAAGGAAGUUCGUAAUCAAAUAAAACAUCAACAAUUGAAGGAUGAUUUGGUUGAGCAUAUAUGGCAAAAUUUUGGCACAAAUCAAAAUUACAACUAA